CUGGGGGUAGCUACUGUUUUCCAUUCCUGAUCAUGUAUCUUCGAGCAAUCCACGCAGAGUCCCACCUCCCAACCCUUCGCCAGUUCGUCAAGGACAACCCCCUCGGCAUCUUAACCACCGCCAUCUCAUCCUCCAUCUACUCCUUCAUCCAGUCCAGCCACGUCCCCUGGGUUCUCGACGUCUCCGAUAAUGACAGCGAAACCGAACUCGGAGUCUUGCGCGGCCACAUCGCCCGACAAAACCCCCAGGCCAAAGCCAUAAUUGAAUCCGCGACAGCCGCAAAUCCCGCAGCAUCCGGCGGCGUGCAGCUCAAAGAUGAAGUUUUAGUCCUGUUCAACGGCCCUGUCCAUCACUACGUGACGCCUAAGUUCUACACCGAGACUAAGCCUGCCACAGGGAAGGUCGUGCCCACGUGGAACUACUCGGCCGUGCAGGCGUACGGAAAAGCGACGGUUUACUUCGACAGCGGCGAUGAGUCGACGGAGUUUCUCUCGUCGCAGAUCAAUGCCCUCUCGAACCAUGCGGAGACCUCGGUUAUGGGUUACACGGGGGCUGGCGAGCGUCCGGGUCCUUGGAAAGUUGCCGAUGCGCCGGAUCGGUACAUCUCGCUCUUGCAGAAGGCGAUCAUCGGCAUCAAGAUUGAUAUCACUCGGCUGGAAGGGAAGUUCAAGAUGAGUCAGGAAAUGGGUGAGGGCGAUCGAGCGGGUGUUGCUCAGGGAUUUGAUAAUCUGGGCACUGAGACUGGCGACCAGAUGGCUCAGUGCGUACGGGAGCGGGAGAAGAUCGCUGCUGCUGCGAAAGGCAAAUAAAAAGCUAUCUUGGUGGAACAGAGAGCAAGUUUGGAGUUGUGAUGAGUAACUAGCACGAUAUUUCUUUUUUGCGAUUUCUAAUAGACUAACGGGCAUAGAAUGAAAGAAUUGAUGACGCAUUCAGUUCGUGUUAGAUUCGUGUUAGACAUCAUCCGUCAAGCCUGACGGCCCCGGUCAUUGGUCGAUUACGAUAGUGUACUACAUUAACGAUUCUGGCUGUGUCAGCGGUU